CCCUAACACUAUGGUCUGCCUCUAUGUCAUAGAAUGAAGCCGCUCUAUCAGACUGCCUUUACACACAACUACUAAACAAGCAGCUGGUCAUUUCUCUUUGCUGUCUUGUUUCUUCCCUCACUUUUUUCACCUCUGAAGGGAAACUCACAAUGACUGGCCAUAAGUGGGGUUAUGGUGAAGUGGAUGACCUUCCACUAGGGCACUUGACAUGGCCAAGCACAUUCAUUCAGCAUUGCAUAUUGCUUUUGAAAAUUUUGGCAGGUCCAUCUGCAUGGCACAAAUCGUACCCCAUUGCUCAAGGUGCCCGUCAAUCUCCAAUUAACAUCGUACCCGAAGAGGCGGUUUAUGACAGCCGCAUGCCAGGCAUCUCACUCAGCUAUGAGAACUGCACAUCUCUUACCAUAUCCAACAAUGGCCACUCUGUGGUGGUGGAGUUUGAGGAUAUGGAUGAUCGAUCAGUGAUCCAAGGAGGCCCACUUGAAAACGCAUACCGACUCAAACAAUUCCACUUCCAUUGGGGAGGAAAAGGCUGUGAUGGCUCUGAACACACUGUCAGUGGGAAGACCUACGUGUCUGAGCUACAUCUAGUGCAUUGGAACGCUGUGCGCUAUCGCACGUUUGGUGAAGCCGCUGUAGCUCCUGAUGGCUUGGCUGUGCUGGGCAUCUUUCUGGAGAGAGGAGAUGAACACGUGGAUCUAAACAUUAUAACUGAUGCCUUGUAUAUGGUCAAAUUCAAGGGAACCAUCGCAAAUUUCAAAGGCUUCAACCCAAAGUGCCUCCUACCUCCUAGUCUAAGGUUUUGGACCUACCCCGGCUCUCUGACCACUCCUCCUCUCUAUGAAAGUGUCAUAUGGAUUGUUCUCGCUGAAUCCAUUAGAGUGUCUGAUAAGCAGAUGGGAAAGUUCAGGAUGUUGCUCUUUAGUGCUGAAGAGGAGGAACAGAGGAAACGCAUGGAGAACAACUUCCGUCCUCCGCAGCCUCUGAAAGGCAGGACGGUCCGUGCCUCCUUUAAGUAGCCCACGUCAUCAUAUUGACACUGACAUGUUUUAGCAUCAUCUGUCUGCAACCUGGAAGUCUUAGACACUGUUUUCUUUAACUGAAGUCAGGCACAUUGUAAGACUCAGUACAAAUAUAAACCCAACCCCAAUACUGUGAAAGCACUUGUUCUGUAGGUUUACCUGCCAUGUUGUAGCCUGCCAAGAAACAUUAGUCAUCUCAUAACAUUCAUCAGACAUAAGAUAUGAGCAGAAGAUGCAAAAAUACAACCAGGUGUUUUUUUUUUUUAUGUGGUUGCUUUUUUGCUGAAUAGAUGAUUUUAUAAGAGGAGUGGAAUGGUUCUUUUGCAAGUCCUUCCUAAAACACAUUGAAGUCCUGAGCCAUUUUACAGAUCUUCUAUAAUCCAUCAGGAUCAGACAUGUGUGCUGAAGGAUCCACCCUCACGUGCGUGCAGUGAAUUGCAGACCACAUGACCCGGGGCAAGCCUUCUGAUUUUCCACAUUAUUUGGAUAGUAACCAACCUCUGGCAAGCCACACUCUUCACCACUUAUUAUCCUGACCAAAGGAUGCAACUCAUUACGAAAUACUCCAGAGAUUUCCAGGGUCAUAAUCUAACAAAAUGUUCCAUUGAUUAUUACUGUAAACGAUGUGUUGUCCUGUCCUGUACAAAGAAAGUAAUGAAUGAAUUUUGCUAAGCUAGUGCUGUUUUUACUUUGCAGUGCUCUAUUUCUUCCUCUGAUGAUUCACAAUGACUCAUUUUGACUUGGUUUUAACCUCAGUGAUUAGCAAGGUAGUUGAAAUGAGCCACGGAAAUGUUGUUACUGCUUAUAGACAGAAUAGAACAUUAGUACAAUAUUAAUCAUCCAAAUAUUAGCUUUCAUUUAAAAGUAUAAUUAUUAAGAUUGUUAAUACCACUGAGUCUUACUUCACACGUUACACUCAAGCCUGACAGAAUUAACAAGUUUAAAGGCAUUGAACCACGACUGGUACUGAGUCAAAAAAACAAAAAAAAACAGCCUUUCCCACUUGACAUAACAGUUUAAAGUGUGUUCUACAGAAGCCUGGAAUCCCUUCAAGAGAGAUGAUCCAUUUUGCGUCCGAGAUGAAUGCUGCUGCAUAUAUUUACUACAUUUUUCACAGGGAUCUCUGUCUACAGGGAUUUCUUCAAACUUGUCUACAAUUUAUAGUGAAUCACUGAUGUCAUUGCUGGGGUGUGUUGUGUGUAAUGGAUGAUAAAAACUCUCUCAACACCUUAAAUAGAGAAAGGCUCCAUUUUACAUGUUUAACCCUUAAAGAAUACUUGGGUGUUACUAUAGUUUGUUGGCAGCUUUAUAUUCUGCAUUUAGUUUUAAAAAUAAUUGAAUUUAGCUAGACUUUAUUGAUGUGUUGCUAGCAGACAUAUACACCAGGCUUACAGAUUUAUCUACAGUAGUUUGUCAUCUUUUUGUUUAGUCAUAAUAUGGUUAGUCAUAAUAUGGUUAGUCAUAAUAUGGUUAGUCAUAAUAUGAUCUGAUAAUUAAAAUGGGAUCAGUGGAUGAAUUUUUGCUUGAAAUUAUUUAUUGUCAUUUUAUUUUUCUAUUCAAAAUAUAAGAAUAUGGUUCUGUAAAUUAUAAUAAAAAUAAAAAUAAUGACUUUCACUGUU